ACGCUUUGCGUCGCUCUACCAGGAACAGUCGCUUCCUCCGUGGCAAAUAGUCCUCGGCGGGGUCGGAUUCUUGAAUAAAAGGAGAAGGGAGGCACGGGAAGUUGCAGUCAGGGGACGUGGAACUGACAGAAAGAGGAGAACAAGACUCGGAGUUUUUGCCACAGUGUGUGAAGUUAGUUAAAAACUCCCUCCCUCCUAAGGAUCCCUCCGCCUGCAGUAGCGGUGGUGAGGCCGAGGGAGCCGCCAUUUUGGAUGUUCGGUUCCUGCUGCCACUGCCGCCGCCGCCCCCGGAGCUGCUGGUUUCAUUCGAGGUUUCGGGCCGAGGAUGCCAGCCCCCAUCAGAUUGAGGGAGCUGAUCCGGACUAUCCGGACAGCCCGAACCCAAGCCGAAGAACGAGAAAUGAUCCAGAAAGAAUGUGCUGCAAUACGGUCAUCUUUUAGAGAAGAAGACAAUACAUACCGAUGUCGGAAUGUGGCAAAAUUACUAUAUAUGCACAUGCUGGGCUAUCCUGCUCACUUUGGACAGUUGGAGUGCCUCAAGCUUAUUGCCUCUCAAAAAUUCACAGACAAACGGAUUGGCUAUUUAGGGGCAAUGCUGCUUUUAGAUGAAAGACAAGAUGUUCAUCUUCUCAUGACCAACUGUAUCAAGAAUGAUCUUAAUCAUAGCACACAAUAUGUACAGGGACUAGCACUUUGUACUCUUGGCUGCAUGGGCUCCUCAGAGAUGUGCAGAGAUCUUGCAGGAGAGGUAGAGAAACUCCUGAAAACCUCCAACUCUUACUUAAGAAAAAAGGCUGCACUAUGUGCUGUUCAUGUCAUCAGGAAAGUUCCUGAACUUAUGGAGAUGUUUUUACCAGCAACAAAAAAUUUAUUGAAUGAGAAGAACCAUGGUGUCCUUCACACAUCUGUAGUCCUCCUUACAGAAAUGUGUGAGCGAAGCCCGGACAUGCUUGCACAUUUCAGAAAGAAUGAAAAGCUUGUGCCCCAAUUAGUUCGUAUUCUAAAGAACCUCAUCAUGUCCGGAUACUCACCAGAACAUGACGUUUCUGGUAUUAGUGACCCCUUUUUGCAGGUACGAAUUUUGCGGUUAUUAAGAAUUUUAGGACGAAAUGAUGACGACUCAAGUGAAGCUAUGAAUGAUAUAUUAGCGCAGGUUGCCACUAAUACAGAGACUAGUAAAAAUGUGGGAAAUGCUAUUCUUUAUGAAACUGUUUUGACUAUCAUGGAUAUUAAGUCAGAGAGUGGUCUGCGAGUCCUAGCCAUAAAUAUCCUGGGUCGUUUCUUAUUGAACAAUGACAAGAAUAUUAGAUACGUAGCUCUGACAUCUUUGUUGAAGACUGUGCAGACAGAUCAUAAUGCAGUACAGAGGCACAGAAGCACAAUUGUGGACUGUCUAAAAGACUUGGAUGUCUCAAUAAAACGGCGUGCGAUGGAAUUGAGUUUUGCCCUGGUAAAUGGGAAUAAUAUCCGAGGCAUGAUGAAGGAAUUACUUUAUUUUUUGGAUUCAUGUGAGCCAGAAUUUAAAGCAGACUGUGCAUCUGGAAUCUUUCUUGCUGCAGAAAAGUAUGCACCUUCCAAACGGUGGCAUAUAGACACAAUUAUGCGUGUUCUAACAACGGCAGGAAGUUAUGUUCGUGACGAUGCAGUUCCCAAUCUGAUCCAGUUAAUAACUAAUAGUGUAGAGAUGCAUGCCUAUACUGUCCAGCGCUUAUACAAAGCGAUUCUUGGUGAUUAUUCUCAACAACCUUUGGUACAAGUGGCUGCAUGGUGUAUAGGUGAAUAUGGAGAGCUACUUGUAUCUGGCCAGUGUGAAGAGGAAGAGCCUAUUCAGGUAACAGAGGAUGAAGUGUUGGAUAUUUUAGAAAGUGUCCUAAUCUCUAAUAUGUCCACCUCUGUGACACGAGGUUAUGCCCUUACUGCCAUUAUGAAGCUUUCUACUCGAUUCACCUGUAGUGUAAACCGAAUUAAGAAAGUGGUUUCCAUAUAUGGAAGCAGCAUUGAUGUGGAACUCCAGCAGAGGGCAGUGGAAUAUAAUGCACUUUUUAAAAAAUAUGACCAUAUGAGGUCUGCCCUGCUUGAAAGAAUGCCAGUCAUGGAAAAAGUGACCACAAAUGGUCCUACUGAGAUUGUGCAGACAAAUGGAGAAACAGAACCAGCUCCGCUGGAGACCAAACCACCACCUUCUGGGCCACAGCCCACCAGCCAGGCCAAUGAUUUAUUGGAUUUGUUGGGAGGAAAUGACAUAACACCUGUUAUUCCAAGUGCACCUACAAGCAAACCAGCUUCUGCUGGUGGAGAACUUCUUGAUUUGCUGGGAGAUAUCAACCUCACAGGUGCUCCAGCUGCUGCUCCUAUCCCUGCCUCAGUCCCACAGAUAGCUCAGCCCCCCUUCUUGUUGGAUGGGCUUUCGUCACAGCCUCUCUUCAAUGACAUUGCCACAGGCAUCCCCUCCAUCACAGCAUACAGUAAGAAUGGCUUGAAGAUAGAAUUCACCUUUGAACGGUCAAACACCAACCCCAGUGUCACAGUGAUAACAAUACAGGCCUCCAACAGCACAGAGCUAGAUAUGACAGACUUUGUUUUCCAGGCUGCAGUACCAAAGACAUUCCAGCUGCAGCUUCUGUCUCCUAGUAGCAGCAUUGUCCCAGCAUUUAAUACAGGAACCAUUACACAAGUUAUUAAAGUUCUGAACCCACAAAAGCAACAGCUACGAAUGCGGAUCAAGCUCACAUAUAAUCACAAAGGCUCAGCAAUGCAAGAUCUAGCAGAGGUGAACAACUUUCCCCCUCAAUCCUGGCAAUGAGGGUUUGGCAUCAUUCUCAUUCUUAUCCCACUCAAUCAAAGGAACUCUGGGAAGGAGGUUGUGAUCACUGGCAAGUCCCCCCACCAACUGUACCAUGGGCAUGAGGAGCCGAAGAGAACUGUUGAGGAGGAUUUUCCUAAAAUUAUUGCUGACCUUGAAGCAUUGUUAAAGACUAAUCUCCUCUCCUCCACUGUUGAGGCUGGCUGCUUCUGGAGGCUACUUCGCACUCUUCCUCCUCUUCUCCUUUUUCCGCACUUCCCUACCCCUUCCACAUUUACAGCCAGAAUCAACAUUCCCUGGGCCCCUGAGGAAAUAAGCAGCUGGUCUGGAGGAGAGGACUGGAAUUCAUGGCAAGAAAGCACUCACUCUGUCUCUGCAGCAAAGAGUUGCCCCUUCUUUAUCCUGUUGUUUCUCUGUGGAGUGGGCGAGGUGGGGUAUUUAUUCCUCACAAGCUGGGUUACCAUCUUCAGACACUUUUUACAUCUGGCAUUCAGAAUGGAAAUGUAACAAUGGACAUUAGGGAGCCCUGCCUUUUUCUACUGGUUCCCCCAGUGUUUGAAAGAGGCAUUAGGCUCCUGGUAGCCUUUUUUGUGCAUUGCUGUAUACACACAGACACACACAUUUACGUAUGUAUGUUAGCAAGAACUGGUCAGACCUUGAGAGGUUAUUUGUAAACACUGGACAGAUGCAGUUAAAAAGAGCUAAAUUGUUGAGAUUUGGCAUGAAGGAUAUGGUGCUCUAUUUGUAAUAGAAACUUCCAAGGCUCUUCCAGCUCCCCUUUCUCAUCAUUCUUUAGCUGUAGUCAUGACUACUCUCCAUGAUUUUCAGAAUUGAUUCCCUUUAAGUGCAAAGUGGACAGCUUCUAAAAGAUAUAUUGAUAAUUAUUACUGCCCCUAUUCCCACCACAAAUUUUAAAGUUUCUCCUAAGACCAUAACUUGCCUGUUGAACUGCGGUAAAUGGGUGGAAAGAAGAGUUCGCCAAUUUUAAAGAUCAAACUCCUUAACAAAAGAAACUUUGCCCAUAGGAAGAGUGAGUAUCAGACUCAUCCUAGAGUAUAUUGGAGUCAUUUCUCCAAUACUCCAACCUCCCUUUUUAUUUCCUGAGCCUGGCUUGGACCUUGGCAUUCCGUUUGAAUUCCUUCUUCUAACUGGAACAUUUGUGUUGUAUCUGUAACACUGGCACUGAAAUAAAGACCACACGGUUAAAGAAAUCUUUCCUAUAUUGUACUUUAUGGUGUUGGAAUGAAGCCUUGUGGCUUCCUUGCCUCCUGUGUCAGAGCAAGUCUUAUGGACACCAUAGGAAAAGAAUAUUCUUAGUCUUAAGAAAUUGGUCCCUUGAGAGAGACCAAGCUCAUGAAUAUCUGCAUCAAAGACUUGAGGCCUGGAGAGUGGAAACUCUGAGUGUUUUUUAGAAAGGAACCUUGUGUUAUUAAAUCUUAAAAUUGAGUUGCUGGAAUGAGGUAAAGGUGACUGCUGUGGCACGUGUUGAAUAUACUAUGUAUAUUCAAGUAUACAGGCACAAUGUCUUAUAUAAUAAAGAAGAAAGAAAAAAUGAGGCCACCUUCUCUUAAAAUGUUUGCAACCGUUACUGUAUUUAGUACAGUAUAAUGACCACUUUGGCUUCAGUCUUAAACCCGGGUACAAAUACUCAUUUUUUUUUCUCCAUUCCACCAAGCCUUUACUUAAGGUCUUCAGUGUCUUGUCAAAUCUAGCUCUGUAUCAGAUGCUAGACUAUUCCUAACAUUUGACAAACUGGAGUUGAUCCAAAGGCUCCAAAGGGAAAACUUUGUGGUUUUACUAGUAUACAAGAGCAAGACCUGCUAAAACUUAACUCCUGUGGAUAAAUGGUUGACUGAAUCAGUAAGAGGAUAUUAUCCUGGUGCAUAGUUUUCAGUAAAGUAAGUGAGGAGUAGUGCAUAUUUUAGACAACUGCUCUGCCUGUGAAAUGAAAAAUAGCCUUCAAAGGUUUCUUUUCAGACCGACUUCAUUGGAUGGUUACUUAAUGCUGUGAAACAUGAUGGGAUUAACAUGCUAUUGGUGGAUUUCUUGAAUAGAAUUUUUGUCUUACAUUCCUCUUUGUGGUAGAGGCUUUAUUUUUCUCUCUCACAAUUGUAGUUAACCAGCUCAGGUUUUCUGUUUUUGUUUUUUGUUAAACUGAGUUGAAGCUAUAAAGAAAUCUGCUGAAGACCAUGCUAAAAGAUAGUGCUAGCAAAUGGAACUAGAAAGGGUCUGUGUGACUGACAAAGCCUCUCUCUCCUUGGUUGAUCAUAGUCCUGAGGUAGUGUUAUAUGAUCAUCCUUACCUUGUCUAGAAGGAAUAAAAUAUCAUGGCCUUAACACAAAGGGUGCUGCUUAAAACAGGAAGUGAUUUCGGAGACUGAACCUGAGCAGCCGUACUGAAGUAUUAGCAGCCGAGUAACUGCCUAGGAUACUGAUGGUUGUGAAAACCAUUUCAAAUGACUGGAUCUUUGAAAGCUUCAGCGUGCCUUAAGUUUCCACGAUCAGAGUUAGUUCUCCUCUCACUUGGCCUUGCAGCUAAAAGGAGAAAUCUCUCAAAUAUUGUGAACACUUGCACAUUUCUGUAAUUCCCUAGCAUAACCAUUCAAGGGGGAGCAAAUUUGCAUGACGUUACAACUUUAGAGCCAUUGUGAGGAGAGUGAUUUCCAUGGCUGCUUUAAUAAGCCAGGGUGAUAAGCAGUGAGCCUACACACACACUUCAACAAUUUCCUAUGCACUUUUACCUCAUUGUAUUCCUCUUCCAGAGUAGUUUGUAUCCUACAUUGCCCUCUCCCCUUUCCACAAGCAAUCCUAAGGGAGAAUUCAUCUAAAUAAUCUCAAAAAACUGUAGGAAGGAUGCUUUCCCUGAGAAGCUUUUCCCACAGUGCUCAGGUGCUGUUACCUUGAGGCGGUUUGGACAGUCAUGGAAUGUUUUAUGCUGUGUAUAGUGAUCAUCUGUUAAUUUUAAGGUCUUUCUCAUUUAAAGAAACAUUCUUACUGUAACAUUGGGAAGGGGUUCUUUCCUCUUGCUAGGUUAAAAGUGUGGUUCCUACCCUUUGUUUGUCCCAUUAAUACAUGAAAAUAGACUUUUAAAACGGUUGAGCACUAGUGGUUUGAGUAUUUCUAUCCACUGUAUAAUGUGCUUUCCAUAUUUAUGUCCUAGAAGAGGUUGGAAGUUAGGGACUACUGUUUUUGAGGUUCAGUGUCAUCUUCUGCAUUGGAAAAUAUUUUGGCCAUGAGAGCUAGGGGAAAGAAAGUUUGAAUGUUUAUGUUUUUUCUUAGUGAAUGUAUUUUAACCUCAGUGUCCUAAACUGAGAGAGAGCUAGAGAGCAAAAAAUGGACAUUCGAGAACUUUGGAGAGAAGUUGUACAUGUCUGUGUACUUAAUGAGUUUGGGAAUAGGGAGAAUUACUGAAGAGAGUUGCUCAGAAAGAACUGAAGUUUAAUACACUUUUGACCAGCUUUGGCUUGGGAGGGUGGGGCUGCUCUUAAAACUGGAUGUGAAUAGCUCUUUUUUUCCCAAGCAAUAGCAGUGAGUGGGUCCCAUCUACAGAGUUCCAGAACCUGGGACACUUAAACAGAAGAAAAUGCUGAAGCAUCUUGAACAGUUGCUUCAUGAACUUCCAUGAGGCUGAUUCUGGUUUCAGGAUGGAGCAUUGAAUUUUUUUUUUUUUUUUUUUUUCCUUCUUCUCCCCAUUUUAAAGAACCUGCUGUUGUUCUUUGUGUGUUUUGUUUUUGUUUCCUAUUUGGGGGCCUCAUGGUAAAGAGCCUCUGAACUCUUUCCUUUGUGAACUCUCACUAUGUUCCUGUAAAGUCCCUUUUCUUUCAUAAUGUUGUAAGUUACAUUUUCAUUAAACCCCAUCACAUCUUCUUUACUGUAAAAAUAUUAAAAGGCUGUUUCCAAGUGGGAUGGCUAAUGAAGUUCUAAUUAUUGCAGACAUAUUUUUGAGAUGUAAAAAAAUUUAAUGAUAAGUCUUAGAGGUGAGUGAGGAAUAAAAUGGAUGUAAACAUUUACAUGGGAUGCAUUAGUAUUCUGCUGUGUGUAUUGUCUUUUGGUUGAAACAAAUUAUGAACAGUGACUAAUAAUAAAAAGUCAAUACUCAA